CUCCAUUCUAAUAGGAACUUCUUCCCCAUCUUUCACUACUUUCUGGGUCUCCAAUAUCGCCAAGACCCGCGCUACACCAUCCACUUUCUUGAGAACGACCAUUGGCAGACAUACUUUAGAUGUCUAGUACUGCACCCGCUGGCCUCAUUUCCUAUCCAGAGGCAUGAUCGGAACUCUAAAGUCUUAUACUAUAAUUUGGGUCCUCUGGCAGAGAUUAUUGACAUAUAUCCCUACAAGAAACUAAUCUUCCAUGAU